AUGGACGAAGGACCACAACUACGAACUCGAUUCGCGAAAAAGACAGCUCAGCAGUCCGAGUCAAUAGAUGAAUGUAUAGCGCCCUCACUUGUUGCACGAUCCAUGGACAAGCAACAGCCUGUGAUCUUCGGUGACUUUGUAAUGGCUGCUUUCACGCGUUGGUUCGGACUGAAUAAAUAUCGAGUGCACGUGCCUUGGACGGGAUACGUUGCCCAACAUGGUGGCAAAAGUCCUGCAUUCGACGCAGCGGUAUACAGCAUGAAUUUGGUCUUCAUGGGCCACACUCAUGUCGACGAGAAGCUCCAACAGUCCAGCCGUGAGAUGUACAGUAAAGCACUGCGACUCUUCGGUGACACGAUCCGUGACGAGGCGGCCAUGAAGUCUCGCGAGAGCGUCAGUAUCACGAUCGUGCUUAGUCUGUUUGAGGCAUACUCGCGCACGAACCCGGACUCGUGGGCACGACACGCCAGUGGUACAGCAGUGCUUAUGGCCCAUCGAGGUCCAAGCGCUCAUCUCACGGGCUUUGACCGCUGCUUGUACCUUUCUUUCAGAAGUUUUAUUGUUGCGGAGGCAUUUGUCAAUGACAAAAAAUGCCUGUUCGAGCGACCCGAAUGGCAGGCUCACAUUCACCAGGUUCGCGGCGAAGAUAUGACUGAUCCACGAGUGGAUGGACCCAUUGCGCUGUUUAUCGAUUUGCAGGAUCGGAUCUUUGUAGAAGUCGUCAAGAUCCCGGGCAUGCUGUUUCGGUCUCGUCGACUGCAGCAAGAAGCCGAGCCAGAGGAUUCGGCGAAACAGGUCUUGAAACAGGUGCUUCGGUGUAGCCAAACGAUCAGCACGCUAUCGGCUCAUCUGCGUCUUGCUGCCGCAGUGCAAAAAUACAAUUGGCGCAAAACAGAAGACAAGGGAGGCAUUGCGUCCGGUAGCAAUACCAGAUUCAUCGGGCCAAUUCCAUCGACUUUCCCUCAACAAUUUGCAAACAGUGUUCUUCAUGGGUGCGAUAUUUGUCUCUUUCUUCUGGAUCUGCUGCGGGACUUUCUUCAAGAUGCUCAGGCCAGCCAUAUCUGUCCCAGGGAUGACACGACCAUCACAAUGGACCCCCUCCCGUUCCGACUUGUUUCGAAACUUCGCAACAGCUCCGAGAAAACUGUGGUGCCAAGCGCAGGCGACACUCCGGUCAAAGAGUUGCCGUCCCCAGACAAAUGGCUCGAUCUUGUUGCGGCAUCCAUGGGACUAGAUGCAUUCGAUAUCAUCACAUGCGCUAACUAG